AAAACAAUUAUGUAUAGGAAUAAAAUAAGAUUACAUUAAUUAAGUACAAAGGUAGAUGCUCUAUGUUCUAGCUAGUUAAAAAGUAAAGAUUAAAUUUCCCAAUAAAAAAUAAUAAUUGGUCUGGCGCUUCACAACACAAUCAAUCACCCAUUCACACACACAUCACACACUGGUGGGGGUGAGCUACGAUGUAGCCACAGCUGCUCUAAUAAUUAGAUUUUUAUUAUAUUAAUUUGUUUAAAUAUUUAACAUUUCCUAAAACCAGUCGGCUUGCUUUUGCAGGAAUAAAGUUGAUUUUUGGUUCUUUGGCUCUCUUGUUUUAAUAAAAAAAUAUUUAUAUAAAUAUGACCGCAAAUGACCCUCUGAGAUGAUUCUUCAUUUUACAAAUUAAAAUACUGUUUUUCCCCACUUUUAAAAGUGGAAGUUUUAAUCCUUAAAGAAACGAUCCCAGAGCGUCAAAUCCAUUAGCGUUGAUAACUAAAGCCGAGAUGUAAACAUUAGUUUGGGGUUUAUAGAUAAUCCCGCAGAGACAGAUGGGGUCAUUAAUAUGAACACAAUCGCAAAGUGAUCGCAGGAUCAAAGCGGGAAGCUCCCGCUGAUGUUCCCGCCUGUCCGCUCUGGUUCGCUGUCAUGGUAACCAGAUUGGAUUUUCCUGAACCGACUUCACUUUGUUUACAAAUUUUUUACUCCAGCAGCCCGAGUUCGGUUCUAAACCUGGCAACACUUAUCCAACUUUUUAGCUGUUUUUGUUUUGUUUGUGAAGCUCUUUGUCUGACUCACCGUAGGGUCACAACCAUGGGAAUGUUUUCCAUUUGCUCAGAUGUCAAACAUUCCAAGUCAUGUCUGUUCAGCACUCUGGGUGUUGAACUAACCUCACACCAGAUACGUUUAAAGUCUCAAUAAAUCAACAAAAGACAGAAAAUUUUGAUUUUUCAAAUGUUUUCAGCCUCUCCCGAUCAGGAACCCUGUUUCUGUUUGUUUCUGAAUUGUGAGUGCCUCCUUUUAAAAUAUGGUUUUAGUUUUAUUUAUUUAUUUUGUAGGUCACUCACUCCACCUUGUGGCAAUUUAUAAAUUCUAAAUAAGAACAAAAAAAAUCACUUUUUGACCAAAUUGUGUUUGAUUCAACAAACCUAUGAAGUAGUUUUAUGAAGAGAAAGCUGUGGUUCCAGAAACCGUUAAAUCCCCAGUUUCCUGUAAUGUUUACAUAUUCAGCAUCAUCCAACCGACCAGUCGGGCCUGCCCUGAUGGGGAACAACAACAGGGUGGUGGGUGUCUGUUUGAGCCCUGGUGGAGCGGGAGGGGGAACCAAAGCCACUGAGGAUUAGAGCUCUGUUUGGUCCACUCUCUGCUCUAACGUAAACCGGCAAAAACAACCUCAUCAGAAACAACCGCUGCUCCAUUGUUUCAGGACGUUUACGCGACCAAACCGAUGGACGACGCCGUCGCAGCUUUUUCUUUAAUAAUUUGAGGAUUUUUUGCUUUUUUGGUGGAUUACUUUUACAGGAAAUAAGAGAUUAUGGUGGUACUCAUGACUAAUAACUCUAAUUUUUACCUUUACUGCUUUCCAGUGAUUUUAAAGAAGAAAGCUCAACCCAACCUAAACGAUGACAAGACCCCUGCGCCCCCGCAGUUACAAGAGAACGUGUUUAUCGAGGGCAGCAGGUCUAAAUAUGUGGAGGACCUCCACACCGAAGCUCAAGAAGGGCUGAAAAUGAUACAGCAAGAAGAAAGCAACACUGGAAUGGAGUAUCAGGAUAAUGAAAGCAUGGUUUCCACAGCGACCGCCCAAACCAACGGGGAAAGUGUGGGGUUUGUGACGGACAGCACUAUUGCUGACACGUCCUCUGUCGUCUCCAUGCGGUCCUCAGUGUCCACAAGGUCGUCCCGCCAUGGACUCACCAGGCAAGGAUCAACGUUCCGACCCCUGGAAUCAGGGAAAAAAUCAGAAAAGACCAAAACAAGGAGGAAACACAGGAAGACUGCUGCAGGAGUGCCACGGCAUGUUCAGAGAGAGCUGGGUAUGGAUAGGGAAGGCUGGAGACUGCCACCUCGGCUGGACGAGAGGCCGGAUUUAGACGAUGAGUCUGAUUUUAGUCCCACAUCCGAUGGAUUACAGCGCAAAGCAGAAUCACCGAAGGACUCCAGUGCAGGCCUUCAAACCUCUAACGUCGUCCAUCCGCUCAGUAAAGACAGAGUUGAGCAGCUCAAUGCCACCCACGCUGGUCACAGGGACAACCUGGCCCUGCUGCACCAUCUGGAUCCCCUCAGAUGGAAGAGUGGUUCUGCUGUUGUCCAACAGGGUCUGUCCAGCCGUGUUAUGACCAUGUCACCCCAGGCUGCUUACCUGUCCAAGAUCAUUCCCAACGCGGUGCUGCCACCCUCCAUCGAGGUGGUGGAGAUCAGUCGCAGCAGCCGUCGCAGCAGCUUGCGCACCAUCAGCAAAAGCAGCAUAGUGUCUAGCCCGUCUCCCUCCCGGGCUUCUUCUAGGGCCUCUUCCAACAUCACCUCUGCCUCCCGCUACAACGCUAAUCCUUAUAUGUCCGACAGCUCAAGAUGGAGCGACUCUGCCUCAUCAGAGACUUUGGUUUCUAACUCUUCAACCAUCUCCAGCAGCAGCACCCCUAAACAGAAACCUCAGAGUGGAGACAAUUCUGCUAAAGCGAACAAAGUUGAUGUUAACUCCUCUAAAGAUUCGUCCAAGGUCAUCAUUAAGGGAGACCAGGUUAGGAAAGAAGGACAGUUUGUGCGUAGUCUCUCUGUCAUGAAGUCCAAGAGGGCUCCGCCACCUCCAAACCGCUCACAUUCCCUUCACGGUAAGAAACGACGGUCAAGAGAUCUGGUAGAAGUUUUUGCUACAGAACAAAGCCCCCCAUCCCCAAAGAAAGACCACGAAAAUGUUCAACCUGGAUCAUCUGUAGUCCUCUCCAGGACCUUAGACAGCACUGGCUACCAUGCAGACAUCAGUUCUCCAGAUGAUUCUACAGGUUCCGUAUCAUUCCCUCUCAGAUCUCCGCUUCAGGCCGAGGAGCCAAACAAGGAUGCAGAAAAGCUUCUGAACGAACGUUCAUGUGACGAGCAGGAAUCCCCUCAGGACAAAAAGCUCAACAAACCAAACUCCCCAUCCAGUGGCUACUCCAGCCAAGAUGGAACAUCUCCACAUUUCAUCAAAUGGUCUCUGAAGCAAAAGGGACUCUUCGCAAAGAUUCCACAGUUUUUUUCUUCUAGGUCCACGUCUGCUGGGCUUGCACCAGCCCUGGCACCACAGCCAGGAGAUAAAUACGGGAACGCUGCUGGAGAAAGCAAACCCGAUGUCAGCCCCUCUGUUCAGACGCUGAGACAACUCUUCAACAUCCCUCCCCCACCCAAAAUCCACGCUCCUCCCCCUCCUCCCCCAGAGGUAUGGUCUCAAAACGUACGUUCGAUUGAGCUGCUCCUGGGACCCCCGGCUCCCGGCAGCAGCUACACGGUCCUAAAGAAGAACCCAAAGGACAGGAGACAACAGAGGCAGUCUCCACCUUCAUCUACGGCCACGGAACGAAAACACCAAAGUCCCACGGCUGAGUCUGAACAUGGAUCAGUGCACGUGAUGGACGCAAAGACAGAAAGUGAUUGUACGUAUGGAAAAGUGAAGAAAGAAAGAAUAACCCAGAAUGGAACGUCGAAAGAACACGGAAAGGAUGAGAAAGUGAGAUUAAGCGAGAUGUUGAACGGGAUAUUGGUGAAAGCUGUAGACAAGCAGGGAGCAACGAGAGCAGAAGGUCAGAACGUUAAAGCCGCAGAGGUCAACAUCAACACACUACCUACCAUUUCAUCAGUACGCAUUUCUCCACCAUCGUCUUCCGAACCAGUGGACCAUCAGGUCCAGUCCACUGUAAGAGACACCACCACUGUUACUUCAUCGGUAGGAAUUACCUCACCUGAAUCAUCUUGGCCCCCGCCGCCUCCACCGCUGUCGCAAGUAAGCGCCAGCAGACGUGAUGAGAUGGAGCUCCCUCUCCCUCCUCCCCCGAUGUUUGUUGAGGGGGAACUAGUUUUGUCACCAAAGGUAAAAGAACAAGUCGAGGUGGGACCUCUGAAGUUCCUCUCGUCUCAGGACGUGGAGAAUCCAUCCCUGGGUAUCCCUCCUCCACCACCAUAUUCAGCUCCCCCUCCACCAACAACUAUGAAAGAGGCUCCUCCUCCUCCUCCUCCACCACCUCCUGUGACGCACAAGGAGCCCUCCACUUCUGUAAUUCAAGAAGUUCCUCCACCGGUUAGCGUACCUUCGCCAGAAAAACAAGCCCCCCCUCCAGGAAACGCUGUAGAAGUCUCUAUUCUCUCUUCCAGAGCAGUUGCUGCCCUGCCUUCUAAAGAUUUUAUUCCUCCACAUCAUCACCAAGAAGCUUCUCAGCCCAUAGGACAAGUAGCCCCUGUAGAGAACUUUGGCCCCCCGCAAAGUAUUCCUCCUCCACCUCCACAGCUUCAACCACUGAAGCAAGAGAUUGAUCCUCCACAGAAGAAAAUCUCAUCAGAACCAAAAACAAAAGAUCUAUCUGUCAAUGUUCUCACCCCCCCUCAUGGUGUUCCACCUCCUGUAGCACCUCUCCUUCAAACCUCACACAUAACUCUAGUAACUGACGAUGGGGUGCCCCCUUCUCCUCCAUUUGAGUUCAGAAACACACCUUCACUUAAAGAGGCUGAACAACCUCCUCCACCUACGAGUAUUCCUUUGCCUCCACCGUUACCUGUGCAGGUUCCUGCCAGCAUCACGCAUCCGUCUAGUCCCCCAAGCACCAAAAACCAAACCCAAGAGAAGACCUCUGCACCUGAAGCACAUAAGGAACUAAUUCCGGUGGUCACCGCAUCCCUCCUGCAGAAGGUCAAGCUUCGGUCUGUCAACAGCAGUCCAGAACCAUCUGAAGUUCACGAGCAGGUCUCCGCCUCAGAUGUAACCCCUCCCCUCCUUAAAGUGGUCACGCUUCGGUCCAUCAACAGCAGCCCGGAAAACGCUAAAGGUGUGAAAGAAGAAGCCACAUCCGACGGUCCCACUGCUGUCUUGCAGACGGUCAAGCUUCGGUCCAUCAACAACAGCCCGGAACCACCUGAAACUUCCGAAGGUGUGAAAGAGGAAACCCUGCCCAAUGGUCCCUCAUCUGUCAUCAACAACAGCCCAGAAACUGCUAAAGGUGUGAAAGAGGAAUCCACAGCUACUGGUACACACCCUGCCUUGCAGGUGGUCAAGCUCCAGCCUGCCAACAGCAGCGCUGAAGCAUCUGAAGCUGUGAAAGGUGCCGAUUCGGUUUUGUCCAUUGAAUCUUCUCCAGUCAGUCUUCAGUCCAUCAAGCCUGAAACUUUUACAACUCAAGAGAAACCAGAGCCCGAUGUCACAGUGGAUCAACCACAGCCCGACAAACAAGUUCCAAUGUCUUCCAGCAACGAGGCUCCUCAAAAGCCGAUCAGAAAAUCUCUGAUCCUCGUCUCUCCUCCUCCCACUAGUCCACCCGACACCGACAGCUCUGAAGCCUCUCGACCCAAGUCUGUUGUGGUUCCACCUGCAGCUUCACCAACAGCCGCCUCUCCUCUGAAAAAGUCUCCCACCACGACCUCUUCUGUCUCCAUGAACCUGCAGGAGGCCAUCCGCCUCAGGACAGCAGCCAGAUCAAAAGAAGGUCCCGCUUCUCGCCUCACCCUGCCCUCGCAGUUGUCCCCUCCAGGCUUCCUUAGAUCCCCAACCAACACUGCAAGCUUCAUCUUCUCCAAGAGCAACACCAGGGUAGGAAUUGAGGUGAAGCAAAAGCAAGAAAACAAGGAAACUGUACAGAAGAAGUUGGAAAAUUCCUCUGUGGCCAAGGUGACCAGUGAGGCGGAGUCAAAGACGGGAGGAAAGGUCCCGCCACCCGUUGCUAAGAAACCAAAAACGAAGAGCAAAGAGGAGGAGGCUGGUGAGGCUGUGGAGCAAACUGCAGGACAGGAAGCACAGCGAGAUGGAACAGAAGAUGGCCCAGAGGAAGUCAACGGGACAGCAGGCACUGUUCAAGGGGAGACAUCUACAUGACGGUGAAGUCUAGAGGAACCAUCUGAAGGACAACACUGUUUUACUUUUACCAAAGUCUUUAAAAGAAACUAGGUUUGGAUCAAUGAAAUUCUGAGUUUCUUUGUUUAAAUUUGACAUUUGAGGUGUGGGUCCUGAUUACUUACUCGUUUUGCGUUUUAGAGGAAGUAAAUUCAGCUUUAGGUUGCAAGAAGUGGGGAAAGGCUGCCCUCUAGUGUCAAACUGACUGUACUGAUCGUCCUGCUGAAUCAAAUCUCUAGUCUCCACUCGUUCGACGGGAUUUUUGGUAACUUUUCUGUAAAUAUGACUGUAUUUUGUACAUUUAACACAUCCUGUCAUUUUGGAUCUGUUCUGCAGAGUUCUAUAUAUUUCUAAAAGAGUUUCCACACCAAUUAUAUUUGUUUAACAAAAUAUUAAUUAUCUUAAGUUAUUUACUUCCGUCUCACUUCAGAAGGCUCUGCUCUUUUGUAAUGAAUGAAAUGCAGCCGUUCUUGUGUUACAUUAGUAUUUGUGUAAAUGCUCGAUCAUAACCAAAUUUGAAAAAAUCUCACCUGUUUACUGGGCUGCACGUCAAUGUCUGAAACAAAUGUCACUUACAGCAAUAAUCACUCACAUGAAGCACAUUUUCUGCUGCUUUUAUUUACAGAUAAUGGAGGCUUUGCCCCUUUUCCUCAGUUAUAAAUCACUUUUUGUUGACUGGUAAACUUUCAGAAAGGUUUUGAGACUAACGGGGACAAACAUUUAUAAAGAAAAUUAAAGAUUUAUGGUCAGACCAAA